AUGCGUAAUCGUUCUUGUGUGACACAACUCCUGCCUGUUCUCCACUCUAUUGGUAAAUCUCUCGACCGGAACACUCAAACUGAUAUGCUUUAUUUUGAUUUCGCUAAGGCGUUUGAUUCUGUAGACCACGCCAUUCUUAUCCAGAAACUUAAAUGGUAUGGCGUAACGGGUCAACUCCUUAACUGGUUUAAGGACUAUCUCAACCAUAGAUAUCAGAGAGUUGUGAUAGACGGUGUUGCCUCUCAGUACCUACAAGUCACCUCUGGUGUGCCCCAAGGAAGCCUUGUUGGACCUCUGCUGUUUGUCAUCUUUAUUAAUGACUUACCUGACUCUAUCCAGGAACAGACGAGUUCAGCUCUCUAUGCAGAUGCACAAAAUUAUACCGCUCUAUUUCGUCCCAAAGUGACU